AUGCUGUAUGCGACUGGUUUGGAGGAAGCGGAUAUGAACAAGGCCCAGGUGGGAAUCUCCUCGGUGUGGUUUGAGGGAAACCCUUGCAACAUGCACCUGAUGGACUUGUCCUUGGUGGUACGCGACUCGGUCGCCAGGGCCGGCCUGGUUCCAAUGCGUUUUAACUCGAUUGGCGUUUCCGACGGAAUCAGCAUGGGCACGAGCGGUAUGCGAUACAGUCUGCAGAGUCGUGAGAUCAUCGCGGACGGCAUUGAGACGGUCAUGAACGGGCAGUGGUAUGACGCGAAUAUCUCACUUCCAGGAUGCGAUAAGAACAUGCCCGGUGUUGUUAUGGCCAUGGGCCGGGUCAACCGUCCGAGCAUUGUGAUCUAUGGUGGUAGUAUUAAGCCUGGUUGCAGCGCUGGUGGCCAGACUUUGGAUCUGGUGAGCGCCUUUCAGUCAUAUGGCCAAUACAUUACUGGUCAGAUAGAUGAAGCACAGCGCUUUGACAUCAUUCGCCAUGCGUGCCCGGGAAGUGGUGCGUGUGGUGGCAUGUAUACAGCGAAUACCAUGGCCACAGCUAUUGAAGUUCUCGGGCUCACGGUUCCAGGCAGUAGUAGCUGCCCCGCAGAAGAUCCGCGCAAGAAAGCUGAAUGUGAAGAGAUUGGAGAAACAGUCAAGAACCUCUUGAAGGAAGAUAUCCGGCCUUCGGAUAUUUUGACCCGCCAAGCAUUUGAGAACGCAAUGAUCGUGGUCAAUAUUUUGGGAGGUAGCACCAAUGCAGUCAUGCAUUUGAUUGCCAUUGCCCAAUCUGUGGGAAUUAAGCUCACCAUUGAUGAUUUCCAAGCUGUGUCUGACAAGACGCCAUUUCUGGCCGACCUAAAACCAUCAGGAAAGUAUGUCAUGCAUGACCUGUACAAGAUCGGCGGCACACCGGCCCUACUCCGGUUCCUGCUCAAGGAGGGCUUGAUUGACGGGUCUGGUAUUACUGUGACCGGCAAAACAAUGAAGGAGAAUGUUGCAUCUUGGCCUGAUUUCCCUGAAGAUCAGCCCAUUAUCCGGCCACUGAGCGAUCCCAUCAAGCCCACGGGUCACCUUCAAAUUCUGCGAGGAUCCUUGGCACCUGGAGGCUCCGUUGGUAAGAUCACCGGUAAAGAGGGUCUCCGAUUUGAAGGCAGUGCCAAGUGCUACGACUAUGAAGAUGCCUUUGUGGAUGCUCUUGAAAAGGGAGAAAUUAAGAAGGGUGAAAAGACAGUUGUUAUUAUCCGAUACGAGGGGCCAAAGGGUGGUCCAGGUAUGCCGGAAAUGCUCAAGCCUAGUGCCGCCAUCAUGGGUGCCGGACUGGGUCAGGAUGUCGCCCUCCUUACCGACGGUCGAUUUUCUGGUGGCAGUCAUGGAUUCCUAAUCGGUCAUAUUGUUCCUGAGGCAAUGGAUGGUGGUCCAAUCGCCCUGGUCAAAGAUGGGGACAGGGUGAUUAUCGACGCAGAGAAGAGGGUGGUUGAUCUGGAUAUAUCCGGAGAAGAGAUGCAGAGGAGGAAGAAGGCAUGGAAAGCGCCUGAACCUCGGGCAAAGAAAGGCACUCUAAAGAAGUAUGCAGCUCUUGUCAGUGACGCUAGCCAUGGCUGUGUCACUGAUGGGCCACUUUGA